AUGACAAACAAGGCAUAGAAAUUUAAAUUGUCUAUAUUUUACUUCUAAUAGUAAAAUAGAUAGUUGGACCUAUAUGAUAAUAGUUUUCAGUGCAUUUAAGACUUCAAAGCAACUUUAAAAAUAAUGCUUGUAUUUUUUUUGAAGAAAAAUUCUAAUUAGUUAUUAUUAUUCAUACAAUUGAUGCAUUAUUUUUAAGUAGGAAUCAAAAUUUUUUAUAAUAAGUAAUUAAAAAAAAAAAUCCAAUAUCAACAUAACUAAUAAUAAUUAGCAAUAUCUAAAAUUUUUAAUAAAUCACAAAUAAAACAUUUAUAAUUAUCCUUAAUUAAGAACAAAAAUGGGAAGUUGUUGCACUACAUCUAAGCCAUCAAAGCAUUAAGACAAUAACUAAGGGCAAAAUUAAAAAAUUGA